UUAUAGUAAAAAGAUAAUGAAAACAGUUUAAAAAAAUAAAAAAAAAAAGAUGCAAAAAUCUGUGCUUCUGAGAAAGGGGCGUUCUCACCCCCAACCCCCGGCCGGCCAACCCUCGCUGGCAGUCGAUUCGAGCCGUCGCGCAAGCACGACGCGAGUGAGUACAAAAUAACUAGUAUGUGAAAAAAUGAAUCAGGACAUACGAAGCGACUCCCCUAACAAGGAGCAGAAGACCUCGUUCCUCAUAGAGGACAUCCUGUACAGAGGGAGGAACACCUUCAAACAGCCGGAAUCGCGGAGAUUUGAUUACGAGCCGAAGUAUUAUCCGGUGGCCAACGACGUCAGACCCGCGGCCAGGGAUGGGUCAUAUUUGCAGGUCAUGGGCGCUCUGGGCGCUUAUCUGCACACGCCAAACACUUUCAAAGCAGUCGAAACUCCGUACUUUCUGUCCCAAGGAGUUCCUUACCACGCGCUGUUCACCCCAUCGGAGCUGUCACUCUCGGCGCUGAAGCACUGCCGUCGGCGAAAAGCGAGAACUGUUUUCUCUGAUCCGCAAUUGACAGGUCUGGAAAAGCGUUUUGAAUCCCAGCGCUACCUCUCAACACCAGAGAGGGUGGAGCUGGCUGGAGCGCUCAACCUGUCGGAGACACAAGUGAAGACCUGGUUCCAGAACAGACGGAUGAAGCACAAGAAGCAGAUGAGGAAACAGCAGCAGCAGAGAGGUGCUGUGGCUAUGAACUUCACAACCAAACACCCACAACCAGAACGAAAGGAGGAAUCAAGAAUUUCAACAACUCAAACGUCUGACUCAGAGAGCGAACACAGCGACAGUGAUGUUGACAUCGUUGGCGAGACUUACACGCAUUACAACACGUAAAUAAAAUAGUUUAUUUUGUGUUAUUCUUCUGUUAUUUAGAGUAAUUUUGAGUCAUUUCAGUUAUUUGUUUUUUA